CCUCCUCCCUCUCCUCCUCCGCCUCCCGCACUCUAGCAGCCGCCGCCGGCCGGACGGGCGCAGCUCCCGCCGCCUCCGCUUCUCUCCCGCCGCCGAUCCCGCGCCCGCGCGUCCUUGCCCGGCAUGUCGGCGGCCGUGGCGUGCGUGGAUUACUUCGCCGCCGACGUCCUCAUGGCCAUCUCCUCUGGAGCCGUGGUGCAUCGCGGGCGACCCGGCCCCGAGGGCGCGGGCCCCACAGCCGGCCUGGAUGUGCGCGCCACGCGCCGUGAGGCCACGCCGCCGGGGACCCCUGGGGCACCGCCACCGCCAGCCACCGUUCCGGGGCCGGGAGGCGCCACUGCUGCGCCCCACCUGCUGGCCGCCAGCAUCCUGGCUGAUCUGCGAGGCGGGCCCGGAGUCGCCGCCGCAGCCAGCACCGCGGGGGGCACCUCUCCGGUCUCCUCCUCGGCCGCUUCGUCGCCGUCUUCGGGCCGCGCCCCCGGCGCCGCCAAGAGCCACCGCUGCCCCUUCCCUGGCUGCGCCAAAGCCUAUUACAAGUCUUCGCACCUCAAGUCACACCUGCGGACGCAUACAGGUGAACGGCCCUUUGCCUGUGACUGGCCUGGCUGCGACAAGAAAUUUGCUCGUUCGGAUGAGUUGGCCCGCCACCACCGGACGCACACAGGCGAGAAGCGGUUUCCCUGUCCCCUGUGUACCAAGCGCUUCACCCGCAGUGACCAUCUAACCAAGCACGCCCGACGCCACCCCGGCUUCCGCCCGGAACUACUGCGACGACCUGGUGCCCGGAGCACCUCGCCCAGCGACUCACUGCCCCGCAGCCUGACUGGCAGUCCUGCACCGAGCCCUGUCCCUAGCCCCGCUCCUGCCAGCUUAUAGAGCCCUGGUCUGUCCACCCUGAGAGUGGCCUGCUUGCUAGGCCUCGGCAGGGAUUUCCAUCGAGGGACAUCUGCCCUCUGGAGAGCCCGUGUUCUGGAGUCCCAGCCCAUAUCAAGGAAGCCUCAAGGGGACUGAGAAUGGACUUGGGUCACCAGGGGGCCUGGGAGGUGGUCUCGGGCUCUGUGUAAAUAACCAUGAUUAACUGUCCCAUCCUCUCUGCAGGAACCCCCAAAUGGGCAGUCAGCAGGUCCGUGUCCCCUGCUGCCAUUUCUGCCUUUUCUCCUGGGUGGCACUGGGCAUGAAGCCUGGCCACAAUCCCACUCCUUAAUCUUCAGCCCCCUUGUCACUCCUCCAGGUUGGGACACAGGUACACAGCCAUAGGUGACUGGGGCUUCCCGUGGGCCCCGACCUGCCCGCACCCCACUGAAAGCCAUUGGCGGAAGUUCAGGGAAAUGGAGAGGGUGCAGCCUGGCUGACCCUCCAACAUGGGUACUCAAAUCUCAGGUGUCCACAGGUUCUGCCCUCAUUAAGGGCCACCCACAUCCCCAGCCCUGGGAAGAUAGGAGGCACUGCAGUUUUCAGAGGACUUCGGGUUGAGGGCGUAGGUGGGGUGUGGAGGUGCCCUCAUCGAGCGUCAGCACCCACUGUGGGGUGUGCUGUUGGGCAGGUGGGAAACAAAUUAUUUAUUGUCCUCUCUGACUGUUGGCAUGGGGGGCCUGGCCCCCCAUCUGGGUGUGUGUAUGUGUGAGAGAGACAGUGGGCGUCUGGUGCCUGGGGCCCUGCCUCCCUACUCCCGCUGGACUAGGGUCCCUGAGUUGGGCCUUUGUGGCCUUGCGUCUCAGACAAUCUUCUAUAGGACUGUGUGGUCAUCAGGCGAGAGCUGCAGGGCUCUGCCCCGCCCUUCAUGUCCUCCACACUCCUGGGUGUCUGCUGAGGUGGUCUUGGACUCCAGGACUGGAAGCAGGGGCUCAGCUCCUGGGCCUUCUGGGACAGCUCGGGUUUUUUGUUUUGUUUUUGUUUUUAUUUGUUUUGGUUUUGCUGGGAUAGACUAUUUUUUCAGGCUCCAGUUCCUUGUUUCAGGGGCCCCCUUGUGUGGCCACUAUCCUCAGGGGUAUGAGUGUUGGGGGGAGGUCUCACCUGAACAUGAGGGUUGGUUGGGUGGUCUCUCCCGGAAGAAUCUCUCUUAGGGUUCUUUGGGAACCCAGAGAAAGUUGAGCUGCCCUAUAUUGGCUGUAGGAGGUUUCUGGCAUUUUCAUUUGUUCCAGAACCUUCCAUUAUCCAAUGAGGGAGACUGUAGGUACAGCCACCUUCCCCUGAGCCUACCUGGAGGGACGCCUCCCUUCUGGAGCUGGGCUCGGAGGGUCCUAGGCCAGCCACCCUCCCAGGUACUUCCAUCUGCCCCUUCUCUUUGGACACAGAAAUGAGAUGCCUUAGUUGGUGGAGUAGGGGUUGGGACCCUAUUCUUUUUGUGUCUUUUGGAUGUAUCUUGCUCCAUCCCGGCUCCUGGUCCCAUGCCCUUCCUGUAACAGGGGAAAGGUCUUAGGGUCCCAGGACUUUGGGAGGAAGCUCCCCCUCACUUCAGGUUCUGGUAGGUCACUGGAACUUGGGUCUAACCAUUGAGAGGUAGUGUCUGUGACACAGGCAAGGCAGGAGUCCUAAGGGGUUUGUCCUUUCUGGGAGGGGCACUCCUCUUUCAUCCCGCCUGGCCUCUCACCCAUGUAUUUAAUUAAAG